AUGCCGACUCCACUCGACAGGGCUCUCAAGUCCCAGAAUUUGUUCCUUGGCUUCGCGGGCAUGGUGACUGCAGUGGCCGCCUGGUCCAUCUGGGGAAGCGAUGUAUUUCCAGCCGAGGAGGAUCCGACAGGGAGUAUGCUUCGCAAGCGCCCUUUUUUCACGAUGCCCUUUCCACUGACACCGCCAGAUCCCGAUGAUUGGACCGAGGAUGAAUUGAGAAGAUGGCUACGCACUAGAGGCCUCUUGCCAAGUGACAGUGCCACGCGUGAGGAACUGCUGGAAAGGGUCAAGGCUAACUUGCGUGUACCACGCCGGACCAAAUCGUCUGCACCGUCAUCUUGA